CCAACAUCAAUUGUAGCCGGCAAAGUAAAAUAACAAUUUGUGCAAAAAUAUUAUUGACAUUUUCAUAAUAAUUAAUUGCAUUUAUACGCAAUGACCUCUAUAAUAAAACUUCACACAAUAUCCGGUGCAAUGGACGAGUCGCCUCCUUGCUAUAUACUGCAAAUUGACGAGGUGCGGAUUCUGCUCGAUUGCGGAUGGGACGAGAAAUUCGAUCCCAACCUAAUCAAAGAGUUAAAAAGACAUGUACACACAAUCGACGCGGUGCUUUUGUCACAUCCAGAUGUGUUCCAUUUAGGUGCGCUACCCUACCUUGUUGGCAAGCUCGGCAUGAAUUGUCCAAUCUAUGCUACCAUUCCGGUGUACAAAAUGGGCCAAAUGUUUAUGUACGAUUUGUAUAUGUCGCAUUAUAACAUGUAUGAUUUUGAUUUAUUUUCGCUGGACGAUGUGGAUGCAGCAUUUGAUAAAAUCAUUCAACUUAAAUACAAUCAAACUGUGCCUCUAAAAGGUAAAGGCUACGGCAUCACCGUGACGCCACUUCCUGCGGGCCAUAUGAUCGGCGGCACUAUCUGGAAGAUUCUAAAAGUUGGCGAGGAAGAUAUUGUAUAUGCAACAGAUUUCAAUCAUAAAAAAGAACGUCAUCUGAAUGGAUGUGAGCUGGAGCGCCUUCAGCGCCCUUCGCUACUAAUUACGGAUGCUUACAAUGCACAGUACCAACAGGCACGACGUCGAGCACGUGAUGAAAAGCUGAUGACAAACAUUCUGCAGACUGUACGCAAUAAUGGCAAUGUUCUUAUUGCGGUUGAUACAGCGGGCCGAGUGCUAGAGUUGGCGCAUAUGCUUGAUCAACUUUGGAAGAAUAAAGAAUCUGGUUUGAUGGCAUACUCCCUGGCAAUGUUGAAUAAUGUUAGUUAUAAUGUAAUUGAAUUUGCGAAAUCGCAAAUUGAGUGGAUGAGUGAUAAGCUGAUGAAAACUUUCGAAGGUGCACGAAACAAUCCCUUUCAGUUUCGUCACAUGCAGCUUUGUCAUAAUUUAGCGGAGCUGGCGAAAAUGCCUAGUCCAAAGGUUGUGUUGGCUAGUACCCCGGACAUGGAAUGCGGGUUUACGCGUGAGCUUUUUGUGCAAUGGGCGGCAAAUCCACUGAAUAGCAUUAUUAUAACAUCUAGGUCUUCGCAUGGCACAUUAGCAAUGGAUUUGAUUGAGAAUGCUUCGCCCGGACGUAAGGUGGAACUGGACGUUCGCCGUCGUAUCGAAUUGGAAGGUGCUGAAUUGGAAGAAUAUCUGCGCACACAAGGCGAAAAGCUCAACCGAUUGAUUGUUAAACAGGAUGUAGAAGAGGAAAGCAGCUCUGAUUCCGAUGAUGACAUAGAAAUGAGUGUAAUCACCGGUAAGCAUGACAUCGUUGUGCGGCCAGAAGGACGGCAUCAUAGUGGCUUUUUUAAAUCGACCAAGAAACACUAUGCUAUGUUCCCAUUCCACGAAGAAAAAAUAAAGUGUGAUGAGUAUGGCGAAAUUAUUAAUUUAGAUGACUAUCGGAUUUCGGAUCUCGGAUUUGAAGCGACAGUGGAUGAGCAUAAUAAAGAAAAUAUCAAGAAAGAGGAACCGAAAGAGAACAAACCAAGCACUAAUGAUGUUCAAUUAUUGGAGAAGCCGACAAAAUGUACCAGCCAACGGAAAACAAUUGAAAUAAAUGCCCAAAUUCAACGUAUCGACUUUGAGGGUCGUUCGGAUGGUGAAUCGAUGCUGAAAAUUCUUUCUCAAUUGCGCCCCAGACGUGUUAUAGUAGUUCAUGGUACGGAGGAUGCAACUAGCGUAGUAGCGAAGCAUUGUCAGCAAAACAUAGGCGCACGUGUUUUUACGCCGCAAAAGGGUGAAACGAUUGAUGCCACCACCGAAUCGCAUAUCUAUCAGGUGCGUUUAACCGAGGGGCUGGUUGCUCAACUUCAAUUCCAGAAAGGCAAAGAUGCUGAAGUGGCUUGGGUGGAUGCACGUAUUGGCGUCCGUUCACAGGCUAUUGACAUGAGUACAACACAGAACGACAGCGACAACAUGGACGUCGAAGUAUCAGACGAUAAGACGCUCACUCUCGAAACGCUCCAAACUGAUGAAAUACCUGUGCACAAUGCAGUUUUAAUCAACGAACUUAAGCUGUCGGACUUUAAGCAAGUUCUCAUGCGCAAUAAUAUCAGCUCGGAGUUUUCAGGUGGUGUGCUGUGGUGUGCCAACGGCACACUGGCACUACGGCGAAUGGAUACGGGUAAAGUGACUAUGGAGGGCUGUAUCUCAGAAGAAUACUAUAAAAUUAGGGAAUUACUUUAUGAUCAAUAUGCCAUCGUUUAAUUGUUAGAUAUUAGUUAGUCGGAAUAAAUUAUAUUUCUACGAAAAA